AUGGUGAUUUGCAACGACAUCAUGGCCUAUGUUUUUGGCUUCUUUUUUGGCCGGACACCGCUCAUAAAGCUAUCGCCAAAGAAGACAUGGGAGGGCUUUAUCGGAGGUGGCCUUUCGACUUUGGUACUGGGCGUAGUUCUCAGCUCCUGUUUGGUACGGCAUAACCACUUUGUCUGUCCAAUCGACUAUGAUGAUGUCGCCGGAGAGCUGACAAUGAACUGUGUACGCAGUCCCGUUUUCACUCCAAAAGUCUACAACGUUUCGAGCCUCCUUGUGAGUACUGUUUGA